CUCUAUUUCUUGACAGAACUUCCAUUUUGAAUGGGAAUCUUAGCAACGAAACACUUAGUAUCUUAAAUUGGCAGUGAGUCCCCAAAUGAUUGAACAAACAAAUAUUUACUUGGGCUCUGCCCUGUGUAUCGGAUGCCUGAUUUCCAUAAUCAGAGCCGCACCUACACUUCCAUUAUCCACCGAUCGUGCCCAGUUCGAGCCUCAAACGCUGUUGCAUGUUAGUCGAACAACAGUGGCUGAAGUUGACUGGACGCCCUCAGGAUCCACGUAUAAUUCAAUCACCGAAACAAAAGUCCCCAAAGGCGGCAAAGAAAACAGCGCUUUUGUGGCAUAUGUUGCCACAAAUCCCGCCUCGACUGCACUUCGGAAUACGCUCGAGGCAUCUACCGAUCCUGUCAAGCUCAAGCCUGUUUUAGGCUCAAUCCUUCAGAGACUUGGAGUUAAGAUCACGCCGCCUUUAAGCUCGAACCAUUCAAGCCUCGGCCUCAAGUAUCCAAAGACACGAAAAAACACAUUGAUUCCGUACGUUUCCAGUGUCCCAGCAACCAGAAAUCUAGGACUGGUGCUUGUUCAUCGCUCGACCAAAAAUGCUCAAAGCAACAGAAGUUUACCCGGACUCAAAUCUAAAAUUGAUGGCAAAGAAAAAACCAAAGACAGAAUUCAGACUAAGAAGCCUGCCCAAACUCCUUUGAGGUCAAGCCAUCCGAUUAAGCGUCCAGAGACAUGGAAGAGCCGACUGACUCCAACCAGAUCUCAAGGGCUAUUACUGAUGGGCCUCAGUAGCCCAUCCGGACCCAAAAAAAGCAGGCAGAAGAGUAUGAGGCGUUCAACCAGAAAACUGGUCGCAAACGAAAACGGACAUAAAAUACACCGUAAUAUUUCUAUUCCCGUGGAGCUUACAAUACCAAUGAAAUAUCUGGCCAGAGCAAAGUACGAGAAGGCGAUCAAAUAUCUGCCCAGGAAUGCGGAGGAGGAGAACGAGGAGGAGGAGGAGGAGGAGGAGGAGGAAGAAGAAUAUGAGGACUAUGAGGAGUAUGAGGAGAAUGAAAUGGAGAAAGAGUUGGCCAAGCACUACAAGACUCAAACAAUUGUAUACACCGACCCACCUGUGUGGAUGGACACGCGGUACCAUUUCCAGCACAACAGCCGACAGCCCCGACUCCGCGUAGAGUCUAAUCCAAUGCUGGAGUACUACCCCGAUGAUAAGAAUAGAGAAUCCGUGUGCAGGGAUAAGUCAACAAUUGUUGGAACGGAUAUUGUUACGAGCUUUAUUAAGCCCUAUAUCUAUCAGAAGACCUACGGCAAAAGAAAACUUAACAGGAAAUGGCGGGACGAUGAAAGCCGCCUUGAACACCUAGUUUUUUGCCACGGCCCUGAAGAUACUUCUGUCUUUAAAUUUCUAAAGUGCGCUAUUAUGCGCCACAUGUUCUUUGAGUCUUUGUUACCCAAAUAUCCAUACCACCAGGUCCAAGCAGGUCCAGCGUAGGCCUGUUUUGGAAAUCUGGAUCGGAAAACUGGAGCUGAAACAGAACACCAUGGAGUGUUCUGCUGAUCUUUGGAGAGGCUGCACCAAAUCUCGGCUAUCGUCUGUUGUUCAAGGCAAAGAAAGGCGCCUGAUUCACCACGUACUAUAUCCUUUGUAGUCUGUGAAAGUCAAAUAAAGUCGAUGCCGAAUA